UCUGGCAUUACUACCAAAAUGGCUUUAAAAAUCCCAAUAAACCAGUUGUUAAUUUUGUCAGUAGUGUUAAUUAAUACAGCUUUCGGCGAGGAUGCUACUAAGAGCCCGGCGAAUCCUGAUGAGAAAGGUAACUGCACAUGCGGUGGUUUCUCUACGGCGACGAUAACGGCGGAGAGCGCGCCGCUGCUGGCGCAGUCACCCGGCCUCAUGGUGAAGUGCAAUGAGGAGGGCGAGACCGCCUGCAAGAAUCUCUGCGUCGCUUUAGCCAAUGUCACCAAAGCUAAAGGCCCCGAAAUUCUCUGCAAGAGACUUAAAGAUGCUGACGAACUGAAGUUAUCGGCGUUUUUCAAAGUGUGCGACAAUCCUUGGAUAUACGCUGACAUGACCGCAGACGAGCCUCUCUGCUGCGAGAACGAGAAGAUAAAGACUUGCGCGUCCGCUCCCAAAGACAACACCACUGCAGUUGUCGACGCCAAGACUGUUAUGUGAAACUCAAACACCACAUAUCUGAUAUACGACCUUUACCUUGAUAUAGCUAUUAUAUGUUUAGUUAAGUUAAAUAUACUCCACAUUUAAAAUCAAUGAUAUAUGAUGUUAAUAAAACAAAGAUAUCUAUAUUAAAA